AUGUUAUCUAAUUAAGAUCAAUAAAUAAAUUUUGAAUAAGAAUAUAUUCUUAAAUUUAUAACUGAGGAUGGUAUUGAAACACUAAUUAGAGUAAUAGAAUUUUUAAUUAGAUUAAUGAUAAUAUAAGAAAUCGAUUGGGUUCUAUAAAUAAUAUAGGCAAUGAGAAUGUUAUUUUUGAAAUGACAACUAUUCCCUAAUAUAAAAAAAGUGUUUAUGACAAUCUUUAAAAGUAUAUCGAUGCUCAUAAAUCAGAUACCUAAAAAGAAAAUACUUCAACAAAAUUACUUUUAUUUUCAAAUAAAUUAUAAGGUAAUAGUGAUUAUUUGAAGUUAGAUAUGAUUGAAGAAAGGGAUUAUAAUAUAGUAAAAUUGCUUGGAAAAAAAGACUUAAUUGACCUUACUCAUUUAGCUGAAUUUUUAAGUUACCAAGAUCUAGUAGAUUUAUUGUUGAAAGUAAUUACUUUUCAUUUAGCUGGUACAUUUAUAAAUUUAUAAUAAGGGAAAAACAAUUAUAAAAUAGAAGAAUGGCUAGAAUUAGAAUGA